AUGCCCCCCAGGUCCCGACCGGCGCCUCCUGCCUGUCUUCCAGCUGUGGCUGAAGGGCGUGCCCCAGCGUAGGCCCCUUCCACGAUGGACGUGAAGGCCCCCAAGAAGCCCCACCAGGGUAAGAAGAGUAAGACCAGGACCCAGGAGAAGUUUGCCAGGAAGUUUCCGUACAGGUUUUCCUGGCUGACAGAGACCAGCUCGGAGCCCCUGCAGCCCUGGGAGUUCACGAAGAUGAACACCUCGCUGCGGGAGCUGCUGCCGCUGCAGAAGAUGUUGGUGCCGACAAGGUCCAUCCCCGUCAGAGGGCUGGGGGCCCCGGAUUUCACGCCCCCGUCCAGACUCCGGCCGCCACCGUCGUCGCCGCGCAACAUCUGGGAGCUGGUGCGGCUGAGCCGCCGCUUCCCCGGGCCCGCGGCCCUACCGCCGGCCCCCACCCGCCCGCCCGCACGGGGGCCUGUCCUGGAGCCUGGCUCCGCGCCGCCUCUCUCUCGGCGCUCCGGGCAGCGGCCGCAGGGAGCUCCCUCCGGGCUGCGGUGA